UCCCAAAAGUCCAGAACUGUGAAAAGCAAAACCAACGGAGUUAAAAUAACAACAAUUUUCUGGCACAUUUAAAUAAUUCUUCAGCUGCUCACGCCACCUGUUGGUCCACACCUUCAUCAAAAAGAGGCGUCGUUGAGGUCGUUGAAUUGCUGAAUUCUGGAAAGUGUGUGUUUUGGUCGGUUUUCAGUGAAAAUGCUGUGGUUUCCCAUCAGCUAUCUCCUUGUGAUCAUCUCCUGGAUCACAUGGAGCGCCUGUGAGCUGAUAGAAGUGGAUCUAAACGGAUACAUAGCGUACUGUCCUUGCAUGGGGCGCUUUGGCAACCAAGCUGAUCACUUCCUGGGCGCUCUGGCGUUUGCCAGACAGUUAAACAGAACCCUGAUACUGCCUCCGUGGGUGGAAUACCGGCAGGGACAUUCCAAGUCUAUUCAAGUGCCCUUUGACAAAUACUUCCAAGUGGAGCCUCUCCGGAAAUACCAUCGAGUGAUCCUGAUGAGGAACUUCAUGGACACCAUAGGGAAGGAUGUGUGGCCCGAGGACAAAAGAAUCUCCUUUUGCUACAUGGCGAGAAAGUCUCUGGAUGGGAAGGAGACAAACAGCUGCAAUGCCAAAGAUGGAAAUCCCUUUGGGGCAUUCUGGGAUGAAUUCCAAGUAGACUUUGUCGACUCAGAAUUCUACGGGCCACUGAAUUACGAUGUACACCACGGCAGUGUAGCUGAGAAGUGGAUUGAGGGAUAUCCAGCCAAGAAAUUCCCGGUUCUGGCCUUUAGCGGUGCUCCGGCGUCAUUUCCUGUCCAGCGGGAGAACAUUGAGCUGCAGCAAUAUCUCAAGUUCAGCGAGAAUCUCUUGACGAGGGCGCAAGAGUUCAGGCGAGAGACUCUGCCGCGUGGCGCCUUCAUGGGAAUCCAUCUGAGGAACGGAAUUGACUGGGUGCGGACGUGUGAGCACACUAAAGACAGCCCAACACUCUUCGCUGUCGCCCAGUGCAUUGGCUACCGCGGCGAGAAGGGCGCCCUGACGCACGACAUGUGCUUCCCAUCGCGCGACGCCAUCGUGCGACAGCUGAAGCGAGAGAUGAAGAAAUACAAGGAGUAUCAUCAUGGAGAUGAGAUCCGAAGUGUCUUCGUGGCAUCGGACAGCAAUCAUAUGAUCGGUGACUUGACGGAGGCGUUCAAGAGAACAGGUGUGACAGUCUACAAGCUGCCUGAAGAUGAUCCCCACCUCGAUCUGGCCAUUCUGGAGAUAUCUAAUCACUUCAUCGGCAACUGCGUGUCCUCCUACACGGCCUUCGUGAAGCGCGCGCGCGAUGUUCGCGGUCUGCCAUCCUCUUUCUGGGCUUUCCCGCCACGAGCGAAAGGCAGCGGCGCGACCAAGAGGAAUCCCACUCACGAGGAACUGUGAAACGCGUGGCAUUGAGCAGAGAAACACCUAUGAAUCAUCGGAAUGUCGGGUGAGAUCAUUUUGAGCGAGCGACAAGACAAAGGAGAGCAGCGAUCGGAGAAAUUCUGCGACUAUGACCCGCCGAUGACCCCGCGACGUGUCCACCUGGCACACAGGUAAGCGCCUCUCUUCGCUCUCUCUCUCACUCUCUCACUAACUCAGCCUCAAAUAGCAGGCAACGGUGAGCUUUUUCCUACCAUUUACUGUCUUUUGCAUUCACCGUGUGAGAUCACUAAAGUUGCCCAACUCACACAUCAAUAUAAGCGAUCACUUAAGCCACUCUUCGCACAUUCCAUCCGUGUGCAGUGCAAUUGCAAUUCUCACUGGAUUUAUCAUGAGUCUAUUUCGGAUUUUAUUGUUCUUGGAAGUGAUUUGUGACGCUCUUUAGCAUGAUUCGCCUGAAUGAGAAUGUAUUUCUUCAAUUCUGUGACGGUUUAGUCAAAUUUAGAAAAUCGCUUGGAUGGCAGAAAUCUCUGUUUUUAGGCAUUUUCGCAAGUCUCUUGAAGAUCUUCUUGAUUGCAAUUAUUUCAAUUGAGAUGUAGACAAAAUUCAGUUGUAACUUAUUACUCUUCAAAUCCUGUUCGUUGGGUUUUUUCUAAAAGCGGAUUUGAAUUUGAUCAAUUUGAUAUAGUGAUGCAUUCAUUUUAUCAGCUUACUAAUAUCUUAUUAGAAUAAUAACUCUUCAUAACGUCAGUGUUGAAUUUUAUCUGCAUCUUCAGCGAAAUAUUUGCUUUGCUUGUCUAUUUAAUUUCUUAAUUUCAACUUCUAUGGAUAAAUUUUGGGUGAAUCCAUUUCAUCAUCUUUCCCUAUAACCAUAUCAACCAUAUCAUUUUUUUUUAAUCUGAAAAUCAAUGCUCAUUUUACUUCUGAUGGCUAUCGGGAAUAACAGCUGUAAUUAGUUUUAAUACAUUUCUCAUAAGUCCAGAAGAAACGUUCGGCUGUACAAUUUUUUGUAAGUAUUGAUUGCCAAGGAGUUGGAAACUCCCCAAAAUCAAUGGUGUCACAGCUAUUGAGGCCAUUCUAUCAAUCUAUAAUGAGAUAAAGCAUAGUGAGAAAAGGCUGAUAAGCGAAGUUUUUGUAUCUUGUUAGACAAUGUGGCAAAUUGUCACACAGUUGCAAGAGUUAAUACAACUACAAUAAGAUAUGUUUUUAAGAGAAUUAUUGUAUUAAUGAAAUGCAAUGGAAUUAGCAUUAAUUUGCAAAUGAAGCGCACAUACCUAAAUGUGUGACGCUGUUUGUGGCAUACAGAAAAGAACAUAAAGUCAAGAGAGAAAUAUUGUAAACAUUCUGCCAUUUGCAUUUUGUUGCGAGAAGGAAUAAAAAGAAUGAUAAACCCUU